AUGUCGACGUCAUUUCUUCGUUCGGCGCGAUGUACGGCGGCUGAGAUUCUCUCCAUGUCCUCGCAGAUCAUCCACGUGUUCAACUCGCUCCUCCUCCUCUUUCGCGCCCUCGUCGCUCUCGCCGCCUGCAGACUCGCCUUGACGUUUCUCUUGCCGCCGCUCCGCAUCGUACAGAGAAUCGUGCGAUUCGUGUGCCUCGUCGAGACCUGGCUCUCGGCUACUGUACGCGAUAUUGAGUUCUACGGUAAGGCUCGGGAUCUGGAUCACAGGGAGGAGUACACGGAGAAUGCGGCUUAUACAUGGAGUUGCGAGGGCGGUGAGAAAGUGGGUUGCGACGAGUGGUCGCCAUGGGAUCAACUCAGGCUGUCGUCGUCGUCGCUAGGCGAUAAAUCUUCUCCCGGUAGGUUAUGGGACGAGGAGAACAUGAGGCGAUGGGUUGAGGAGGCGAGGGCUGUUGCGAAGCUCGCCACUGCAGAGGGCGAAGAGGACCUUGUAACAAGAAUAGGAGGCGAAGGGCGGAACAGGACUAUCGGAGCGGGUACGUCUGGCGAGCUGCACGCGCAAGAAAACGACGCCCUGCUACACGAGCUCCAGCAAGCGCGAGCGACGUGCGACUCUCUGCGACAAGAGCUGGAGCAAGAGUGGGUGCUUAGCGACAGUCUGCGACGGGAACUGGAGCAGGAGCGAGCGGCUGCGGACAGCGCUGCGAUGGCGAGCAUGGAAUCGAUCCGACGGUUGCAAGACGAUAAAGCUGCCGACCAGUUAGCGGCCCGGCAGAGAGAGAGAAUAUUAGUCGAGAAAGCGCGGUACGAGGAGGAGGAGGUAGAGGGCUUAAGGGCCGAGGUGGAGAGGCAAGGAGAGGAGAUUCUUCUGCUGCGCGAACAGAUGGCUGCUGUCGCCGGUUUUCGCUAUGUUACAAGUGAGACGGAUCAUGACUGUGCGGAAACAGAAGGUGACAGAGGUGACUCGGAAGGAAGAGAGGACGACGGUUCGGGUAGAGGGGAGGAAGAGGAGGGGUCGGAGAGAGGAGCGCGCAUUCACAACAUCGAAGAAGACCAGGGGAGUCACAGGGAUAGUGGCGUAAGUGGCGUACGUGUCUUGAGCGGCUGGAGUGGCUUGAGCGGCAUGGGUGGUCCACACGGCGUGAUGGAGAGUGAUGGAGCGCAGGGGUGGAGCAAAAAAAGAGCGCUUGUGGAUUCAAAUGAGACGGAAGGUGGACUGGAGUGGGGGGAGGUUUCAGGGACAGCAGCUCCAACGGCCCGAAGAAAGAUUGACCCGCUGCCCCUAGCCCAACAGGGAGUGGGUGCAUUCUCUGCAGCAGCUGCACGUGAAGCGCCGCUGGCAGCAGCAGUGCUUGAAGCGCCGCUGGCAGCAGCGGGUGACGCUGCUUCCGUGUCAUACGCCCUGGGUGGCCUCUUCAUGCCCUUCCUCCCUGGUCACCUCCCUGAUGCUGCUGAUGCUGCUGAUGCUGCUGCUGCCCACAACCCCCACACAUUCCUCCUCUCGCUCCCCCCAUCGCCCCUUGCCGUUCCACCUCUCAACCUCCCCUCCACCCCCCGCUUACACGUGGCCAUCACUCUAACUCCGCGCGCCACUCUACCGCCUCCCUCGCGCCGCGUCGAGUGCCCGCGCAGGGCGGCGGACCUUCGUGACGACAAAGCGCUCCCAGAAGCCCAACAGCGCUCCCAAAAUAGCCCUUCCCCUGCUUCCGCCACGUUCCCGGCGGUCACGGCGGUAGACCCGCCCAGUGCCCCUAUGGACCUACAGCUAACGCCUGCGUGGGUUACGCGGCACCGCCAGUGGGGUGUACCCCACUUAGUAAGAACGACCCUCUGGCUUAAUUCGCACGGUUUAACCUGA